AAAAAAAAAGUGGAAAUCACAAUGUACUCCUUUAGCACUAGUUAAUUCAAAAGAAAAGAGAAAAGUUUCUGUGAUAAGUAGCAUACACUGGCAAUUCCCAAAAUUUAUAUCACUAAUGUUUCUGUAAUAAGUUUCUUCUAAGGAUCACUGCUAAAUUGGUGUAGGUGGGGUUUAGGAGACCCAUAACGCAAAAUCCUUGAAAAAAUAAGCGCUUAGGCUGCCCAUUGUUCUGGCCAACUUUCUCCAAUUUCAACCCACAUAUUUUACAAAACACAAGAAUUCUUCAAGUAACAAUGUUUCAACAAACUUCAUCAACCUCCAUUUAUCAACAACUCCUCCACUACCCCCUCUAAAUCUUUCUUAUCAGUAACAUUAAAUCGUUCUUACCUUACCAGUUUUAUCAACCACCUCAAUAUUAGUCAUUCUUUAAAACAUCAGAUUAUAGCCAAAGGCCAAAAAAAAAAAAACAAAAAAAAAACCAUGGUGGCACACAAGGCCAUUCACUUCUAUCUAUUAACUCCUCUUCUAUUGCAAAUCCUUAAAAUACAUGCAAAAGUUCCAGCCAUUAUUGUGUUUGGAGACUCUUCUGUGGAUGCAGGGAACAAUAAUCAGAUUUCCACAAUCCUAAAGAGCAAUUUUCAGCCUUACGGUCGUGAUUUCAAUGGUGGACAGCCUACCGGACGGUUUUCCAAUGGUCGGAUUCCAACAGAUUUCAUCUCUGAAGCUAUGGGAAUCAAACCAAUUAUACCUGCAUAUUUGGAUCCAACUUAUGACAUUAAGGAUUUUGCUACUGGGGUCUGCUUUGCUUCUGCAGGAACUGGUUAUGAUAAUGCCACUUCUGAUGUGCUAUCUGUGAUACCUUUAUGGAAGGAAUUAGAGUACUACAAGGAAUACCAGAAUGAACUGAGAGACUAUCUUGGAAACGAUAAAGCUAAUGAGGUUUUGAGUGAAGCACUAUAUCUGAUUAGCAUAGGAACUAACGAUUUUCUAGAGAACUACUAUGUAAUUCCAGGCAGAUCAUCAGAAUUUUCCAUAGAGGAGUACCAAAAUUUUCUUGUAGGGAUUGCUGGUGAUUUCAUCACAGCGCUUUACCAGCUUGGGGCCCGAAAGGUAUCAAUAGGUGGCCUUCCUCCAAUGGGGUGUUUACCAUUGGAAAGAACCAUGAAUAUCUUAUAUGGGAGUGGCUGUAUAGAGGAGUAUAAUGAUGUGGCCAAAAAUUUCAAUAAGAAGUUGCAAGGUUUGGUUGCAAAGCUAAAAAUGGAACUUGGAGUACAACUGGUGCUUUCAAACGUUUAUGACAUUCUCUCAGAAAUGAUUCAGAAACCAAACUCUUUUGGAUUUGAAGAUGCAGCAACGGCAUGUUGUGGCACAGGAUUGUUUGAGAUGGGAUAUUUGUGCGAUAAAUUAAUAAACCCCUUUACAUGUUCUGAUGCAAGUAAAUAUGUAUUUUGGGAUUCCUUCCACCCCACAGAAAAGUCAAAUGCCAUUAUUGCUGAUCAUGUAUUAAAAACUUCCCUAGCUCAGUUUCUAAUGUAACUACUAAGUAUAUAAUUUAGUUUGCAGAAUUUUCACUGUAGCAAUCCUGUUUGUGAUACCAAGCCACUAUUCUUGCGUAUAAGUUAUAACUAAUAUAUUUUCAAACAAUUCCCUUCUACGUAUAAUAUCUGCACAUAUUGAAGCUUCCCACACUAUCCCAUGGUGCAAGAUUGUGGAUUAGAAAAGGAUAAUUUCCAGGCAUUAAGUAGCCAAACCACAACUCAAAAGGGAUUCACUCAAUUUAACCUGUAUUUCAAAAAUGAUUGAACCUAUUUGCAUGAAUAAAAACUG